UUAUCUGUAUAGAACAACAACACCCUCACUCAUUCAACCCAACCAUCACCGAGUCACUCACUCACUCAAAACACCACCACCUCCGAGUCAUGGACUCGUUCUCCGCCACUUCUCCAUAGAAACAAAACCACACCAUGAACAAAACCAUGAAUUCCCGUUUUACCCCUCGCCGCAACCUCCCAAUCUCCGCCACCACAACACCGUCCCUCAUCGGCGGCAACCAUACCUCCGCCCGAUUCUGCUCCCGUUAGAGAAAAGAAGAAAAACAAAACCUCUUUUUCCUUCCAUAAAAUUCCAUUCAUUUUUUUCUGAUUUUCCAUUUUUUCAUUAUUUUAUUUUCUGUAUAGAGAAAAAGGUGCAUAAUCUGUUACCAUGGAACCCGCCGCAGGCAAACCGGGCUUCCUCCGGAACGUUCUGAUACGGUUAUUUCUCUUCGGCGUUUUCAUCGUCCUCGUUCGCUUCGCUUACGUCAUCACCAUCGCCGGCGAGUCCUGCAACCUCGGCGACUUCUGCUUCUUCUCCGCGCCGGAGUCUCUCAACGUCGCCGGCACCCUCGCCGCAACCGGGACAAGCACCCUCGCCGCGCGCUCUGCCGUCGGCGACGCGUCGCCGGAGGCUUACGCUAGCAAGGACUGGAUCAACGGCGUCCGGUUCUACUCCUCCGUGUUUCAGGACCUCGUCGCCGCCGGGCACCUCUCGCCGGAGUCGAAAUCGCUCUGCGUGGAGACGCCGACCGGGCGGGAUGUUCUCGCUCUGCGGGAGAUCGGCGUGACGGACGCUGUUGGGAUCUCGAAGAAGGCGUGGAAGCCGUUGGUGAAAUCCGGCAACGCGCACCGGAUUCCGUUCGGGAACAACAGCUUUGACUUCGUGUUCGCCGGCGAAGGCGGCCUGGAGAAGUCGCCGCGGGUGGCGGAAUUCGCCGGCGAGGUCGCCCGGACGCUGAAACCCGAAGGGUUUGCUGCGUUCCAUGUAAAGGCCAAUGAUUCUUACAGUUACAAUUCAUUUGUUGAUUUGUUCAAAUUUUGUUGCAAAGUAGUGAGAUUGAAUGAUAUAGAAGGGUUUGAUUCAUCGAUGCCACACAUCAGAGAAAUUGUUGUGAAGAAAGAGGGUUAUGGGGUUGGUCAAUUUGAUGGUGAAUCUGCAGAUUUUCAUGGGAAAUGCUCUGUUCCAGGGUAUAAACAAGAGUUGAUUAGGAAUGCUGAGCCUUUGAUUGAAGAGGAGCCUCUGAAGCCAUGGCUCACUCUCAAGAAGAAUGUGAAGAACAUCAAGUACCUUCCUUCAGUGGUUGAUAUAAGCUUUAAGAAUAGGUAUUUGUAUGUGGAUGUUGGUGCUAGAAGCUAUGGGUCUAGCAUUGGAAGCUGGUUCAAGAAGCAGUAUCCAAAACAGAACAAGACCUUUCAUGUGUAUGCAAUUGAAGCAGAUAAAUCGUUUCAUGAGGAGUAUGGAUUGAAAAAGGGGGUGACAUUGCUGCCUUAUGCUGCUUGGGUGAAGAAUGAGACACUGGUUUUCGAGAUUAACCACGACCCGGGGAAGAAAGUCGAGGUUAAUGGGGAGAGGGGAAUGGGGAGGAUUCAGCCAUUGCAGUCUCAGGGUGAGGUUUUUGAUGGUGGUGAGGUUCAGAAGAUACAAGGGUUUGAUUUUGCCAACUGGUUGAAGAGCACGGUUUCGAAGAAUGAUUAUGUUGUGAUGAAGAUGGAUGUGGAGGGUACUGAGUUUGAUUUGAUUCCUAGAUUGUUUGAAACUGGGGCUAUCUGUUUGGUGGAUGAGAUUUUUCUUGAGUGCCAUUACAAUAGAUGGCAGAGGUGUUGCCCUGGAGAGAGGAGUCCAAAGUAUGAGAAAACAUAUGAGCAAUGCUUGGAGCUCUUCACUUCUCUCAGAUCAAGUGGAGUUCUUGUUCAUCAAUGGUUUUAGUAGCCCAGAUAGAUAGGUGAAAAAUGAAAACCCUGAAAUCCUUUCCACUCUUCUGUAUCAUUAAUAAUUGAUUUUAGUUUCUACAUGUUUCUACUUCAUUACUUUACCUGGCCUAUAGAGAAGAUUUCACUGUUCAUUAAAUUUCUUUACUUGUAUUUGUAACUGUUGCAACUGAAAUUGAAAAUCAUCCCAUUACAUCAA